GUACACUAUUGAAUGAUGCAGCACUGUCGCUUGGUGUCACACGUGUUUGUGUUAAUGCUUGUCUCCUGUGUCUCUAUGAGCAGAAGCGUGGCCGUGAGGGUGGAGGACUACGAGGCUUAUUACAAGAGGCAGAAAGCAGACUCCAACUGUGGUUUCGCCGAGGAGUUUGAGGACCUGAAGCCAGUGGGAACAGCCCAAGCUACAACCAGUGCUUCGGCCAUGGAGAACAAGUCUAAGAACCGCUACAACAACGUGAUUCCCUAUGAAUCCUCUAGAGUGAAACUGUCCAUCCAUGGGAGUCCAUUCGACGACUACAUCAAUUCUAACUACAUCCCGGGUUACAACUCCAGGAAGGAGUUUAUUGCGGCCCAAGGUCCGUUGCCCGUCACCGUCAAUGAGUUCUGGAGGAUGAUCUGGGAGAAGAACGUCCAGACUCUGGUCAUGCUGACACGCUGUAAUGAACAGGGACGAGUGAAAUGUGAGAAAUACUGGCCAUCUGAGACCAAGCACUUUCAGAAUAUCACUGUGACAACAACCUCUGAGAUCCCCCUAGAAGACUGGACCAUCAGGGAUUUUGAUGUAAAAAAUGUGAGGACAGCAGAGACACGCUCGGUGCGUCACUUCCACUUCACAGCCUGGCCGGACCACGGCGUCCCCGAGACCACAGAGCUGCUCAUCAACUUCAGACACCUGGUCCGAGAGCACAUGGACCAGUACUCACGCCACUCCCCCACCGUCGUCCACUGCAGUGCGGGUGUGGGUCGUACAGGUACCUUCAUAGCCAUCGACCGGCUGAUCUUCCAGAUAGAGAGGGACAGUAUGGUGGACGUGUACGGCACAAUCCACGACCUGCGCAUGCACCGGCCCCUCAUGGUUCAGACCGAGGACCAGUAUUUGUUCCUAAACCAGUGUGCCAUAGACAUAAUCCGAUCCAGAACUGGAACCAACGUGGACUUGAUCUACCAGAACACGGCUGCACUCACCAUCUAUGAGAACGUAGAACCCAGGAAAGAUACAGCUAAGAAUGGCUACCAUAACACAUAGGCCUCACGUCCACUGCUCUGUCUCUCACAUCCUCCCGUCUCAGUCAGACAGGCCUGUAGAGAAGGGUUUAGAAAAGGGAUUGUUCACUCUCACUGAUCAUGUUGCCUUACACUGUAGUUUUUUAACAUUUUUGUUUAAAUCAAACUGGUUUUCUAGUAUUUAUUUGGUCACGUUUUAUGAUAGUGGGAAAAAUAACAUGGAAGAUAACGGUUUGUUGAGAGGAACGGAGGCACACAUUCCAUCCAAAGACCAAUAAUGGAAUGUACAUCAAAUUAUAUUUUAGAGAAGGUAGUCGUUCUUAUAUUUCCUUAUUUGUAUAUUGCUGCUACUUCUGAAUAUCUGCUUAGUCUCUUCUUAUGAUUGUAAUGCCAAUGUUGUAAGAAAUGAUGUGUGGUUAAACUGAAUGUGCCAUACCUUUGUAAUCCAAAUUAAAGCUUUAUAUAUUGAUAUAAUAAUGUAAUGCAAAAAAUGUAAUACGAAACAACCUUCCCUCUCUUCCGUGCCCUCUUUAGCUUUAGGUAUAGGAUCAGCACCCAACAUAACUGCCCUACGAAACAACCUCCCCUCUCUUCCGUGCCCUCUUUAGCUUUAGGUAUAGGAUCAGCACCCAACAUAACUGCCCUACGAAACAACCUCCCCUCUCUUCCGUGCCCUCUUUAGCUUUAGGUAUAGGAUCAGCACCCAACAUAACUGCCCUACGAAACAACCUCCCCUCUCUUCUGUGCCCUCUCGUCUCCAAUAAGUGGUGUAAUACAUGUGUAUUUUUAAGGAUCCCCAUUAGCUGCAGCCAAGGCAGAAACUACUCUUCCUGGGGCCCAGCAAAAUGAAGUCAGUUAUACCAUUUUUAAAACAUUACAAUACAUUCCUUUUUAUGUGACAGGAUAAGUACAAUGCACUGUUUUAGAGGAAACGAGAACUACUCCUGACAAUAGGCCUAUGAAUGUAUUAUUUAAUAUUAGAUGUUCAAAGUCAAAUGUUAACUUUUUACUACAGAUCAUUUUGAUAUCUAAACAAGUUUAAAAUUAGGAUUUUCGUGAGAACUUUUGUGCUUCCUACACCCUGUUCUGCAUAAUGCACCGGAUGCAUUUAGGUUUUUACACUGUAGCUUUUUCAAUUCUCUUCUUGAUGUUUUAUUAUGGUUGCUGUAAAUAUUCUUAUGAUCAUGAGAAAUGAUUGCGAAACUGCUGUGAGAUCCUGUGGUCCUCCUCCGCUGUUAAAACCCACUUUGUGCAAUAGCAAAUUUCCAUUCACACGUCAGUCUGUAAACUCAGCUCCUCUCUCAGUAACUCGGAGGUUACACAUUAUGAACCGUCUCCCUACUGUUUGUUGUUUCCCUAAUGUGUGUUCUAUAGAAAGUGGUGCAUGUAAUGCUGUGCAUACUGUCUAUCUGUGAUGCUUCUAUCAUAGAAGCAGGAAAACAGUUUUCCCAUUUCCCCUUUUUCUAACUAUGUGGUUAUAUAUACUGUAUGCAUGGGCCCAGUCCAAAACCAACCUCUACUUCCUAAAGAACAGGAUUUGUUAAAUCAAUGACGGUAUUGGUUCUGCCUAGCUAUCUACACAAGUGACCAUAAAGGCCUAAGGGCUAUGGAUAUAAGGGGUGUUUCUGGACAUAGGUCAUAGAUUUACUGCUGUGAUUGAUGUAAAGCCACUAUGCUGAUAUUGUUUUACUGUCUUUGUAUCACAAUGCACAUUGCUUAAGUUCUUCAAAGCACUUAUUUAUAUUGAUCAUAUUACUCAGUGGAGCUCAUAAGCAAAGCAGACUCCGCCAAUAGUCUUCGUCAAGAGUUUUAGGAUUUUUUUUACGAUGCUGUGUGAGAUACUAUGUGAUGCUUGCUGGUACAAUGCAAAUGAGGAAAAGGUGAAUAUUUUUGUAUCCUUCCAUUGGUCAAUACUGUGAUUAAACAUGUUACACUUUUCUCUCUACAA